CAUUUUCCCGGAGUCGCACAUGGUGUCCGCACCGGUCGAGCACCGUCACCAGUCUCCCUCCCGCGACUCCUCUCCGCUGCCGACUAAAACCCCGUCUGCAGCCGCGUUAAAUGCAAGAUACGGUGGAUAUGGUGGACGACCCCGAGUAUGAAGAGGAGGAACCCUCCUUCAGCGAUCCGGAGGACUACGAAGACGACAUCGAGGAUGACGAGCUUCUUGAUGACAUCUUGCGAGAGAAACCCCAGGAGGCGGAUGGUAUUGACUCAGUGGUGGUAGUGGACAAUGUUCCUCAGGUUGGCCCAGAGCGUUUGGAAAAGCUCAAGAACGUCAUCCACAAAAUCUUCUCCAAGUUCGGCAAGAUCACAACCGAGUUCUAUCCAGAAGUUGAAGGCACAACUAAAGGAUACAUCUUCCUGGAGUAUGCCGCUCCAACUCAAGCUCUUGAGGCUGUGAAGAAUGCAGAUGGAUACAAGCUUGACAAACAGCAUACGUUCAGGGUUAAUCUCUUCACGGACUUUGACAAAUACAUGAACAUCAGUGAUGAGUGGGAAACACCAGAAAAACAGCCUUUCAAAGACUUUGGUAACAUGCGUCAUUGGAUUGAGGACCAAGAUUGUCGUGACCAGUACAGUGUGAUCUACGAGGCUGGAGAGAGGACGGCUAUUUUUUCCAAUGAUGCCAAAGAGCCAAUCGUAGCUGAAGAAAGAGCGCGCUGGACGGAGACGUACGUUCGUUGGUCUCCAAAAGGCACUUACCUGGCCACCUUCCACCAGCGGGGCAUCGCUCUGUGGGGUGGAGAGAAGUUCAAACAGAUUCAGAGGUUUAGCCACCAGGGCGUGUCCCUCAUUGACUUCUCACCAUGUGAAAGGUACGUCGUGACUUUCAGUCCCCUGAUGGACACCAAGGAAGACCCCCAGGCCAUCAUCAUCUGGGACAUCUUGACCGGACAGAAGAAGAGAGGCUUCCACUGCGAAAGUUCGGCGCACUGGCCCAUUUUCAAAUGGAGCCACGAUGGAAAGUUCUUCGCCAGGAUGACUCCGGACACGCUGAGCAUCUAUGAAACUCCUUCGAUGGGUUUGCUGGACAAGAAGAGUCUUAAAAUUACUGGAAUCAAGGACUUCUCCUGGUCUCCUGGUGACAACAUUCUAGCGUUCUGGGUCCCCGAGGACAAAGACAUCCCAGCAAGAGUAACUCUGAUGCAGAUGCCUUCCCGCCAGGAGAUCCGUGUGCGCAAUCUCUUCAACGUGGUGGACUGCAAGCUGCACUGGCAGAGAAAUGGAGAUUAUCUGUGUGUGAAAGUCGACAGGACUCCCAAAGGAACACAGGGUGUCGUUACCAACUUUGAAAUCUUCCGCAUGAGAGAGAAGCAGGUUCCUGUUGAUGUGGUGGAGAUGAAGGAAAGCAUCAUUGCGUUUGCGUGGGAGCCCAACGGCAGCAAGUUUGCCGUUCUCCACGGAGAGUCCCCGAGAAUCAACGCCUCCUUCUAUCAUGUCAAAAACAACGGGAAGAUUGAGCUGAUAAAGAUGUUUGACAAGCAGCAGGCCAACAGCAUCUUCUGGAGCCCACAGGGACAGUUCAUGGUGCUUGCCGGACUCAGAAGUAUGAACGGAGCUCUUGCCUUUGUGGACACGUCGGACUGCACCAUGAUGAACAUCGCCGAGCACUACAUGGCUUCUGAUGUUGAGUGGGACCCAACCGGUCGCUACGUCGUCACCUCAGUGUCCUGGUGGAGCCACAAGGUGGACAAUGCAUACUGGCUGUGGACCUUCCAGGGUCGUCUCCUCCAAAAAAACAACAAAGACCGCUUCUGCCAGCUGCUGUGGAGGCCCAGGCCCCCCACCCUGCUCAGUGCCGACCAGAUCAAGAAUAUCAAGAAGGAUCUGAAGAAAUACUCCAAGAUCUUUGAGCAGAAGGAUCGUCUGAGCCAAUCCAAGGCUUCCAAGGAGCUGGUGGACAAGCGCCGAGCAAUGAUGGAGGAGUACCGUCGCUACCGAGAGACCGCUCAGCAGAUCUACCAGGAGCAGAAGAGCCUCCGCCUGGAGCUCAGAGGAGGAGUGGACACUGAUGAGCUGGACAGCAAUGUUGAUGACUGGGAGGAGGAGACCAUUGAGUUUUUUAUCAACGAAGAAAUCAUUCCUCUUGGCGAUCUGUAGUCCCCUACGCAGUCCAUCUGUUUUUGUGUGGAAGAAGAAAGACAGAAACUGCGUCAUUGAUCGGAGAAGGACGAAGACCACGCUGUGAAUCUUGGGGCUUCACAUCGAGCCUCAACAUUCAGAUUUAGUGACUUCAUCAAAGCACGCCGAGCAGAUCAACAGCCACACCAGGAGACCAGAGUCUCUUGCCGUCACCGGGCCCAUUGAUUUUAGUCCUCUGUGGAACUUCAAAUUUAGCAAAGCUGCCUCUUUUUUGUUUUUUUUUAUAAAUUAAGAGUCACUCACUCUUGAAUCAGAACCCCAUCACUGAUUGGACUUCUUCAUCUCGGGGUCUUUUGUGAGCCAGCCUCAUCAUGCUAGUGUCUGACUGCGGGGCAGCACAGGGUGCCAUUCCAGUGGGGGGUGGGCGUGUUGUGACUAAACAAGUAGCCUUGUUAAUAAAUGUGCUGAUGUGGCGCUAUAGUGGCCUGUAUCCUCCUCCGUUCAGACUCGGCUUUCACACAGGGAGGGGGUGCGCAGCGGGAAUAACUUUAAAUAAACAUUCAAACAUACCACCGUC